CCUUCUGGCGCGGGGGCGGGGGGCGCGGCGCCCCACAUAACACUCCUCUCUCUGCGCUCGGAGCCACCCUCUCCCCUCCUUCUCGCUAACACCACCGCCUCCCCUGACACCGCCGCCACCUCGCCGGACGCUCCGCAGAUUGUCGCUGCGGCCGGCCGGGGGGCGGUGCGCCGAGCGUGCGCGCCCGGGGCGCCAGAUGUGCAGUCUCCGCCGCCUCUAGUGACCCAGCGGUAAGCCAGAGCCAGGUCGGGUUGUCUCAGCAAUGCUGCGGGGAAGACCUUGAACGCACCCUGGUUUCCCUCAGCGGGGACCACCCAGAGCCCCUGUGCGUGCCGGGUCCUGCCCUCUCCAGCCCGGCUCGCCCCGCGCUUGGACAUGGAAGAGGCGGCUGUGCCCGCGGCAGGAGAUGGCCCUUCUGUGGAGCCGGGGCCGCCGGAGGCGGUGGUCGGGGCGACUGCAGCCCCAACAGAGCCCAGGAAGCCGCACGGGGUGAAGAGACAUCACCACAAGCACAACUUGAAGCAUCGCUAUGAACUGCAGGAGACCCUGGGCAAAGGUACCUACGGCAAAGUCAAGAGAGCCACCGAGAGGUUUUCAGGCCGAGUGGUUGCUAUAAAAUCCAUCCGUAAGGACAAAAUUAAGGAUGAACUAGACAUGGUUCACAUCAGACGAGAAAUUGAGAUCAUGUCAUCUCUCAGCCAUCCUCAUAUCAUCGGUAUUUAUGAAGUGUUUGAGAACAAAGAUAAGAUUGUGAUCAUCAUGGAAUACGCCAGCAAAGGAGAGCUGUAUGAUUACAUCAGCGAGCGGAGACGGCUCAGCGAGAGGGAGACCAGACACUUCUUCAGGCAGAUCGUAUCCGCUGUGCAUUACUGUCACAAGAAUGGUGUGGUCCACCGGGACCUGAAGCUGGAGAAUAUACUGCUGGAUGAUAACUGCAAUAUUAAGAUCGCUGACUUUGGGCUUUCCAACCUGUACCAGAAGGACAAGUACUUGCAGACAUUUUGUGGGAGUCCGCUCUAUGCAUCUCCUGAGAUUGUUAACGGGAGGCCUUACCGAGGGCCAGAGGUGGACAGCUGGGCCUUGGGCGUCUUGCUUUACACUCUCAUUUAUGGGACGAUGCCCUUCGAUGGCUUCGAUCACAAAAACCUCAUUCGACAGAUCAGCAGCGGAGAGUACCGGGAGCCCACACAACCCUCAGAUGCACGAGGACUCAUUCGGUGGAUGCUGAUGGUGAACCCUGACCGCCGGGCCACCAUCGAGGACAUUGCCAACCACUGGUGGGUGAACUGGGGCUACAAGAGCAGUGUCUGUGACUGUGAUGCCCUUCCUGACUCCGAGUCUCCGCUCUUAGCACGGAUUAUCGAUUGGCACCAUCGUUCCACCGGGCUGCAGGCUGAGGCUGAAGCCAAGAUGAAGGGUCUGGCCAAACCCGGAGCCUCUGAGGUGGUCCUGGAGCGGCAACGGUCGCUGAAGAAGUCCAAGAAAGAAAAUGACUUUCCCCCGGCUGGCCAGGACUCGGUACCUGAAAGCCCAUCCAAGUUGAGUUCCAAGAGGCCCAAGGGCAUUCUGAAGAAGAGGAGCAACAGUGAACACCGCUCCCACAGUACUGGCUUCAUCGAAGGCAUUGUGGGCCCGACCUUACCGUCCCCUUUCAAGAUGGAGCAAGAUUUGUGCCGGACCGGCAUUCCCCUCCCCAGUUCCCCCGAGGCAGACAUGUCAGGGAAGCUCAGCCUCAAACAGUCAGCCACGAUGCCCAAGAAAGGUAUCUUGAAAAAGACCCAGCAGAGAGAAUCUGGUUACUAUUCAUCCCCUGAACGCAGCGAGUCUUCCGAAUUGCUGGACGGUAAUGACGUCAUCACCGGCAGCGGCCUCUCUUCUCCUCCCCCAGAGGCAGCCCGGGGAACCUCCCACAGCCUAUCCUGCCGGAGGAAGGGCAUCUUGAAACACAGCAGCAGGUACUCGGACGGUGCUGCCGCAGACCCUGCCCUCACCAGCCCCGAAAUGCCCACACUGGAAUCCUUGUCCGCGCCCGGUGUCCCCCCGGAUGGUGUCUCUCGGAGUUACAGCCGCCCGUCCAGUGUCAUCAGCGAUGACAGUGUCCUGUCCAGCGACUCCUUUGACUUGUUAGACCUCCAGGAGAACCGUCCAGCCCGCCAGCGCAUCCGCAGCUGCGUCUCUGCAGAAGACUUCCUCCAGCUUCAGGACUUUGAGACGCCGCACAACCGGCCCCGGCCCCAGUACCUGAAGCGGUACCGGAACCGACAGGCAGACAGUAGCUUCUCCCUCCUCACUGAUAUGGACGAUGUGACCCAGGUGUAUAAGAAAGCGCUGGAGAUCUGCAGCAAGCUCAACUAGCCCUGGGGGGGG